AUGGUAUCCACAAAGUACGACAGUAGGCUCAAACAAAAGUGCACGAGGUCGACCGAAUGCCUAACAAUAAGCCCGUCCAACCAUAGCCAAAACCUCACGAUGCAUCGGAUGCGACCCAAGUCUUGGCUCCAGGAUGAAAGGGAAGGUCGCUAUUGUCUCAGAUACUGUAAGAACAGGGCCGGAAAGGAGAACGGAACCGCAAAGCCGAAAUUUACAAAUACAAUACUGGAUAGAGCCCAUUUUCAGCGGCCCCGCAAUGUGGCUGUACCUACCCGCCUACCGCGAAGAGUAAAGUAA